AUGGCGACCUCCAAUGCCACACCUGCAGAUAAUCAACCAAACUACAACGUACCAUCGGAAUAUCAUUUGACGAUAUCACCACUAUCAAGUCCGGUGAGGGAAUCUCUACAAGCUGCGGCCGAUCACUUUAACACACCAAGGGGAGAAACACUUCACGCACUACCCCCUUUGAUACCACAUCUAUUACAAACCAUACCGGAGAAUCAAAUUGUGCAUCGACCAUCAAACUUCCAUGAGGCAUUACAAGCACUUACAAAUGCUGCAGACGAUCCAGAAUGGCGACGUCAUUUACAAAGGAUCAUUUCUGGAAACGCUCAACUACCAGAAUCACCGAAUACCGAUCAAGAAACGUUGUACGAAUACGAUGACGAUGAGGACAUGCCCGACGCAUCCACUAUAUCAGGUUCAUCUCAAGAAAGGGUAGCUACAUCUUUUCAUCAUGAAGACGUUUAUGUUGCGAGCCCACAAAGAUCGUAUCUUCAACAACCCAACGAUAUGGAUGACUAUAGCACACAACCCAAUGUUGUGGAUGACCAAGGUGUACCACCACGCUAUGCAACUGAAGGCCCCUUUGAAGUUGCAAACCAUAUCAUGAUGCUUGCCCCCAACGAUGUACAACGAUUACGAUGCCUCCAUCGACGAAUCAUGCAAAAUCGAGAAGCUAUGCUCGAAAUGCAUUUAGCAAACGACCUCAUUACUGGCGAAAUUGGAUCCAUAUUACGAGACUCUGCUGUACAUCCAUCAUAUCAUCAAGACCACGACCACUCUCUUCAAGAAGAAUGGCGAUUGUACGCAUAUCGACUCAUGACUGGUGAACAUGCUGCGCCUACUUUUAUCCCAUUGUACCCCAUACACCCAAUGCAUACCACCGGUGUACGCAUGCAGAUCUGA